GUGUGUGAGCCAGAGUGAGGCGGUAAAUCAGUACGGCGUGAAAGAGAAAGAGCAGCAAAAUAUAAUUUGCUGCGAACGCCUCUGUGUGUGUACGUGUCUGUGUUUAGUGUGCAUGUGUGCUAAAACAAAUGCCUAAAUUGCAACAAAGAAAAUUGUAUGAAAUAUACGAAGCGAAGAGCCGAGAAAGCGACGAAGAAAAAAGAGGCUGCUGCUUGAAGAAUAAGAAGAGGCGGCGGAGCAAGAAGAAGAGCAGCAGUAGCUGCCGCGAGUUUUUUACGCGUGUGUGUUAGUGUGCAUACAAUUGUGUAUGAAAAAGAUUAAAAGCUAAUCAAAAAGUGUCAAACGUAAUCUUGUAUAUCUCCCGUGUUUCUUACAGUGCUUGACAACGAAAAUUAUAUCACAUAGUAAAUACAAAAUACAUCUAAGGUUAAUCAUAUUGCUUAAUCAGAGAACUGCGGUUUCAAACGUCUUUGUCUUCCCCAUCUUCUUAACUGAAAUGCAACUAACACCAAACAACCAAAACCACCAACAACAACAUCGAAUGGAUUAAAACAAAAACCAAGAACUUUAAAAGAGAGCAGUGAGAGAGAGGCGUCGGCUAACGGCUUAUCAAUUGACAGCGCGUGGAGAAAGAAGGAGAGGGAGAAGAAGCAGAGCGCUGAGUGUGCUAAAUACUCAAACUAACAAACACUUUCAAAAAACUGUACAUACAUUAGGGCGCGUGUGUUGUAAAGGCGUAAAUACAGCAGUCCACUAAAACACUUGCCAAUACUGGACAAAAGUUGCCUGCAACAUGCGCAACGGUUUACGGCAUAGAGGAGCGUGCGCCACGAAACGCGCUGAAUCGAAACGGAACAGUAGGAAUCUAUAAUGCAACAGCAACAGGAAGAAUUCGAAACUGAAACAGAAACUGUUGGAGGAAAGGAAAACAUUUGGAAAAUGUUGUUCCCGAAAACUGAAGAAAAUGCAUCGUUUUCUUAACAUCCAGCAAAAUAUCAAACUUCGCAAUUAUCAUCAAUUACUUUUGUAUUUUGUCGCUGCUGCUGGAGGAAGAACGGAAGUGAGAAGAGGGACGACAGGAACCGGAAAGAAAAGCCUUCGCAAGGGAAGCAGAGCAGCAGCAGCAGCAGCAGCAGUAGCAGUUACGUAGAAGUGACGUUAGGAACAAACGCAACGUAACGCCACUAAUCGCAACGUGAAGAGUAGUUGAAGCAUAAUAUUAUUCUAUUAGCCCAAUACGUUUAACCCAACGCUGCCACUGUUCCUAAGACAUUACAUUUUUGACAAAAAACUAGAAGAAGAAACCACUUGAAAUAAACGUAGACCAUAGUCGUUACCUUAAAACGAAACGCCAACGCCUCUACACAAUAUACGCUACUAAAACACGAAUCCUAUGCCAAUUUUUGAUCAUCAAAUCGUUUAGCACCUAUCAUAGACCCACACGCCUCCCAUAAACGCCUCAUCAAACGUCAAAAUCUCAAACGACACUAUCGCAAGCAAAAAAAUCCAACUAAAACAACAAAAAGCUGACGUUGUUUUUGAACAAUACCUAAAACCCCAACAAAAAAACAAAAAACAACGCCGAUCUCGCCCCUUUUGUCACGCACACCAAAAAAAAAAAAAAAAAACACAACAAAAUAGACAAAAAUAAAUAAAGGCUGGCUAAGGCUAAGGAAAGCGGAAAAAUAUGGCCACACCCCAAGUCAAGGACUUGGUAUUGCGCUCGCCCGCCGGCUCCUCCGAUAUCAUUUCAUUCGCCUGGCCCCUGCAGAUCGGGCAUGGACAGGACAAGCACGAUAAUGGCAUCGACAUCAUCGACACCAUUAAGUACGUCUGCGAUGAACUGCCAUCGAUGUCAUCGGCCUUCGAGGAAACCAAUCUCCACCAAAUUGACACUGCCUGCUAUAAGACUAUGACCGGUCUGGUCGAUCGCUUCAACAAGGCCGUCGACAGCAUCGUUGCAUUGGAAAAAGGAACUUCACUGCCUGCCGAGCGCCUGAACAAGUUCGCUCACCCUAGCCUUCUAAGACACAUAUUGCAAUUAGUUUACAAUGCCGCCGUACUCGAUCCGGAUAAACUCAACCAGUACGAGCCCUUCUCGCCAGAGGUUUACGGCGAGACGAGCUAUGAGCUUGUACAGCAGAUGCUCAAGCACGUCACUGUCAGCAAAGAGGACACGUUCAUCGAUCUGGGCUCGGGAGUGGGCCAGGUGGUCCUCCAGAUGGCAGGAUCAUUUCCGCUGAAAACCUGCAUCGGCAUCGAGAAGGCCGACACUCCGGCGCGAUAUGCGGAACGCAUGGACGUCAUUUUUCGCCAGUAUAUGGGAUGGUUUGGAAAGCGUUUUUGCGAAUACAAGCUUAUAAAGGGUGACUUCCUGGUUGAUGAACAUCGGGAAAAGAUCACGUCAUCGACGCUGGUCUUUGUAAAUAACUUCGCCUUUGGGCCAACUGUGGACCAUCAGCUCAAGGAACGGUUCGCCGAUCUUCGCGACGGAGCACGGGUCGUGUCCUCGAAGUCGUUUUGUCCGCUGAAUUUUCGGAUCACAGACAGAAACCUCAGUGACAUUGGCACCAUCAUGCACGUCAGCGAAAUUCCGCCCCUUAAGGGAUCCGUUUCCUGGACCUGCAAGCCCGUUUCGUAUUACCUACAUGUGAUCGAUCGCACCAUUUUGGAACGAUACUUUCAGCGCCUGAAAACCAAAGGCGGUAACGAUCACGAGAGCGUUGGAACUGUACGAACCACACGUGAUCGCGCAAAGCGAGAGGCGAACGUUGGCCAGCACCAUCACAAUAAUCAUCAUAGCAACAGCAACAACCAUCAGAGGGAGCGGGAGCAGUCUAACGGAGCUACCGCUUCUGCUGCUCAUCAGCAACGCCAUCAGUCCCAGUCGCCAGCUAAUGUGAGCGGUGCGGGAAUAGCAGUUGCAGCCAGCGGGCAACAAGCAGCCUCCAAAACACGCCAGCAACUGCAGCAUCAGCAUCAGCAUAACCAGCAGCAACGCAGCCUGGACAUGGAAAGCAGCACGGAGAGCGAUGGCGAGGCAACGAAUGGUAAUGGUGGCAAUACAACCACCGCCACCAAUACCACCUCCGCCUCGAAUGGUCCUAUGACCAGGAAAGUUUGGUCCGACUGGUGCAGUUCGAAGGGCAAGAGUUCCCAGUCUGACGACGAGGAGAACAACAACUCGAACAGCAAUGGUGGAAGUAACGGUGGUAGCAUUGGAGCGGGAUCAGUUGGUCGGCAGGCUCGAGCUACUACCCAGAAAAAGCGCAAAAAGUUGACAAGGAAAGCAGCGAUAGCCAGCAAAUCUGCGGCCGCUGCACAAAGGGAAGCGGAGGCUGCAGCAGCGGCGGCAUCGGUGGCAAGCAAAGAGUCCAGUUCCAAAGAGGAUCCACCAAGGGCUGCUAGCGCCGGACCUGGUCGCAAGGGACGCAUGAAGAAGGGUGCGCGUGGCAGAAAGUCUUUAAAGAUUGUUGGAUUAGAAGCCCUGCACAAACAAACAGUGUUGAGUACCUCCUUGGAUACCAUGACCAAGAAGUUGCCAGCAGCUCCUGGAACCGUGGAUCAACAGCUUACUGCUUUGCUCACGGAAAACAUGGCACAUACAGAGUUGGAUAUACCAGCGGCGCCACAAGAUACGCCUUAUGCCUUGCAGAUCCUUCUAGAUGUGUUCCGUUCGCAGUACACGUCGAUGAUCGAGCACAUGAAGUCAAGUGCCUAUGUCCCCCAGGUUCAGAAGCAGAUUGCCCAGGAGCAGGAGCGGAUGGCCAGGCUGAAAAACAGAGCCAGCCAGUUGGACAAGCAGAUAAAAGUGCUGAUCGAUGACAGUGUUGCUUUACUUAAAGUGCGGAUGAAUGAGCUGGGCAUCCAUGUUAAUUCACCCAACGAUUUGAUUGCCCAGGCAAAGGAGAUUGUGGGUAGACAUAAGGAUCUACAACACACUGCAAGUAGAAUGCGGAACGAAGUAACCUUUUACGAAGGCGAACAGAAGCUGCUCCUUAACAAACAAUUGAAAAACUUAUCCGAGUAUCAGAAACUCUGUGGUACUGUUAAUGGAAAGGUGAAGCUGGAGGUGCCACCGGAACUUUCAGAGACCACGGCCCAGGAGCUGGUACUAAAGGAGAUCGCCAACACGCUAAGUCAACGGAAGAAACUUUACGCGCAGGUUUCCACCAUUGAACAGGAGACCUCGGUGUUGCAGAAGACUGCAGAGGAAAGGUCCACUGCAGCGACGCUUUUGGCGCAAGGAACAAAUAUGAUCGUGUCAACCGGAUCAUCUUCCUCCUCCUCUACAACUGUUUGUGCAAGUGCAGUGACAGUGCAGGGCAGCAAGUUAAACUCCGUGAAGAACUCUCGACGCAGUCGCGAGCACCGAGCGCGUUCUCAGGAGUGGCCAGAGGUUCCCGAAGUGGGUAAGAUCCAGGAAAGCAAUCCCGAAGUGCUGGCACAGAAAAUCGUGGAGACCUGCCGCCAAAUCGAAGCUGGCAAGUUCCAAGGAGUAGCCGCACCCUCAUCCCAAGUGAACGGCAAGAAUAAAGCAAUGUUAGAGGUCCCACCACCUCCGCCCACUGCUCCAGUGAGCAUUAAAUCCUCACCUGGGCACCACUUUAAAGACACAACAUUGAUGCCAGCACCCAAACAACAACAACAGCAACAACAGAUGACGAUUUCCCAGCUUCCGAAGUGUGAGCUGCCCGGACUAUCGGCUAGUCGCAAGCAGGAAUCCCCCAAGGUUGCCAACUUUGAGGAUCGGUUAAAGAGUAUCAUCACCACGGCCUUAAACGAAGAUCAGGAGCAGCGCAGCAAGGCAGUGGAGUCCUCACCCUCUCCCUCUCCUCUUCACAGUCCAGCACCCAAGCGAUCAAAGCAGCACCCGGCUGGAGCGAUAAAUCCUGCCCAGUCGCUGCCCAACAAUCUGCACAACAUUAUCACCGUCUCCACGCAGGGUUUGAUGCAUCUUAAUGCGAAUACAACAAUAUCCCCAGUGACACCACCAUUGCCGGGUCCAUGUGCAGGAGCCACCGCAUCUACGGCGCCGCCUCCGCCGGCGAAUCUUCCAUAUGGGGCGUACGGCGGGGCAGUGGCCAAGACAACUGUAUCGGGCAAGUACCAGGCAGCUAAAGAACCGAAGUAUUCGCCAGUUAGACAGGCACCAUUACCGCCUCCUCCCUCCUCCCACAUGGCUGCUUUGUAUCCAGCUGGACAGCAGACAACUCCGGCGGACCUUGGUUACCAGCGCCGACGCAGUUCUGUAAGUGCCACGAGCUAUGAACACUAUAUGGUCCAGCAGCAGCAGCAAAUGCAGCAACAGCAACUUAUGUUAGCAGCAGCUGCUCAUGCUGCCCAGCGUCAACAGAUGCGCGUAGAGGAACAACAGCAGCAACAUCAUCAGCAGCAGCAGCACCACCACCAUCCGCAACAUCGUCUGCCGCACCAUGUGCAGCAUCAGCAUCCGCAUCCGCAUCAUCCCAAUGAGUUCAAGGCGCCGCCGGCUGACAGUCAUCUCCAGCGAUCGAGCAGUCGUGAGCAGUUAAUAGUGGAGCCACCGCAAUUGCAACCACUGGAACUGCUGCCUCGAGCAAGUUCCGCCAAUUCGGAUUACAGCGGAUAUCGUAUCCGUCCGCCAAGCAGGCCAAGCUCCAACUCCUCGCAACCGGAUUACACGCAAGUUUCACCCGCAAAGAUGGCUCUGCGGCGGCAUCUGUCGCAGGAGAAGCUAAGCCAACAUGUCACGCCCCAGGCAACACCGCCGCUGCCAGGUCAUGGAGGGGCUCCCACAUCAGGCAAGACCAUUGGCGAUUUGGUUAACGGGGAAAUCGAGCGAACACUGGAGAUUUCGCAUCAAAGCAUCAUUAAUGCGGCUGUAAACAUGAGCACUAGUGGCGCCAACUUCAUGGAGCGGGCCUUCCUUAAUGAGCGGUCCAACGAUCGUUUGCUAAUCAACUUGAAUGCCCAACGACCCGAGAGAGUUCAUGUUCGUCCGCUCUCCGAAGAAUCCCAGGAUCCACAGCCAACCAGUUAUGCUCAGGAGCGAGGACCUGCUGUAGGUGCUGGUGGAGCAGCAGUUGGAGGUAACAGCAAUCUGGCCACUUUGGCACAUGUAGCCUAUGCCCAAAAGGCACAGAGCGGCGCUCGAGCCAACGCAGGAACUGCCCCACCGGCAACUCACUCUUCCUCUGCUCGUUCUGGACGGGAAUAUCAGCCGGUUGCUUUGCCCCGUGCGGAGCUUAAGGGCAGCAUUGAGGCAUAUUUCCACGAGGAGCAGCAGCAGAAGCAGUCGAAGGGGGCAGGAUCAGCUGGAGCGUCAUCUUUGCGGGGAUCGCGUAUAAAUGGUGCUAAUCCACCAUUGGAAGGUCUAGCGGCAUCGCUGCAGGAUCAUGUGCGUGCCAGGAAGUACAAGGAGGAGACCGAGGAGCGGCAACGGCGAGCAGCAGCCGCUGCUUCGUCUUCAGCGGGAAUACCGCCGCCUGGCAUGGAACUGGCCACACACUAUGCCCAGCAGGCUCCUCCAGCCCACAGCUACCACCACCAUGGUGCAAGCAUCAAUGGGACACCGCACAAAGUUGAACUGGGAAUAAAACGCAGCUCACCGCUGGCGUCGCAUCAGCAACCGCCACGUCCCUCGAAAUUGGCCCACUACGAGCCGCCAACGACGCAGCAGCAGCACCAUGCCCAUCUGUACGCCAACGGUCAAGUGCUACCUCCGCCCCCAGCUCAUGAUGCGACCACGCCCUCCCCGACGCCUUCGUCAUCUUCAUCGUCCUGCGGUCGUCGAAGCAGCAGCAACAAUGGAAAAUUGCUCGUGGAUCCACCUUUGCUGAUGAGUCCCGAGAUCAAUUCACUAAUGGGUGACGAAAGGCCUUUGCAGCUGUCGCACCACCCACAGCAGCAGCAGCAGCAGCAAAUGCUGCAUCACCAUCAAUCGCAGCAGCAGCAACAUCUGCAACUGACCCAACAGCAACUGCGCGUGGCACAUCUUGGACAUGGUCUUGGUCACAGCACGAUGCCCACUUUGGGCGGACAACGCAAUGGCAAUGCCGCCGACGAUGAUGAUGUUAUUGCCGCCGAUGAUGAGACCCACUGGCAGCAUCGAGUCAGCUCUGGUUUCGAUCGCCUGGUGGCCUUCGCCAGCACUGAACUGGACAAGACCAGGCGAAGCAUCGAUGGCGAUACGGUGCCGGCAUCGAUUAGUUGCAACACUUCUCCGGACUCGGGCAUUACGCACAGCAGUAGUAACUCGGAUGCGGUGCGCACAUUUUUGUCCACCUCAUCGAGCUCUUCGCAGCUGGAGCUGCCCAUCGGAAGCGGAGGUAGCAGCAGCAACAGUCUCUACAACCACCAUGCCCAGCACAACAAUAUUGGAGGCAGUGGAGGAGGAAGCCACCCACAUCAGCAUCAGCAACAGCAACAGUUGCAGUCGCAACAUCAACAGCACCAUCUUUCCGAUCACAUGAGCGACAGUAGCAUCAAAUCCUCUGCAUCCUCCUCGCUGCUCGCUAGUAACUCCCUGAAGACCGUGUCGCCGGUGGAUCCCAGUGCCAUUGAGUCGCCGCCACUCUCUGAUGUUGGAUUGCCCCGAACUCCAAGUCCCAGUGCAGCCAGUGUGGCCACUCCACCUCUGGCCAGUGGACCACCCGUGUCCGGGGACUUGGGUGGUAUACCAUUGAAGUACCAGCGCAAGUCCAAGACCAGUUCGGAAAAGCAUUACAAAAAGAAAUUCUGCGAAAGAAACUGGGAGUACGACUGUGAUGAAUUGUUGGCCUACUCCAACUCCAGUGCACCGCCGACGGCAGCAGAUGCAGCGGGCAAUGGGCCACUUAACUUGGAUGCUUCCAAUGCUGUGGGAGGAGCAGCUGCACCGCUUUUGGGAAAAUCGGGAAAGUCGCCCAAGGAAAAGUCAUCCCCGCACCACACCGGCUUAAGCCAUCAGCAGCAGCAGCAGCAGCACCAUCACAAAUCCUCAAAAUUUCGGCCAAAGGGCAAGGACUGGGACUGGUCAAUGGAUAGUCGGAGCCAAACGGGCGAGCUGCUGGCCGCCAGUAACAACGUGAACAUUAACAACAACUCAACCACCACAACGAGUAAUUAAUUUAGUAAACUAAUUUAGUUCAAUUUGCUGAAUGGAAAGGAGGGAAAUCCAGAAAAUGCAAUGCUUUCAUGCUUUUAGCCAGAUUAUUUGUAAAUUGGUACACGACGGAUACUGCGAAUUAUAAUGUAUUUGAUGACGUUUUUUUAACUAAAUGAAUUGUGUAUGACUAGCUAACUUAUUGUAAGGCCCAGCUCUUCAAUUGCCUUGUUUUAUUUGAUAUUGCAAUUCAGCAACUCCCCUCUGUGUGUGUUUUUAUUUCAUUAAUAAUUCUAAUUAGGCUAGGGACGUUUUUUAUAAUUCUUUUUAAGGUUGAACCGGAAAAACGCAACUGCUGAUCAACAAUGUUACUGAUUUCUUUGUACCGAUUACCGAUUAUUAUGAUUAUGUAUUUAAUUUGAACUAUUGUUUAAUUACAUUUGUCCAUAAGUUGAGUGUUUUGUCUUUAUUAUUUCAAAAUAAAAUUGUAAACUAAUUAUAUCGAUUUAGUUUUUUUUCCUUAUCCUUUCUUUAUCUCUUGGUUUUGGUUUUGGAAGAGUAAUUUAAAAAAGCUGUUCCGAGUUUCGCGAAAUUGAAUUGGGACCAACCCUUGAAUUCCAAACCCUUUCCAGUUUUUGACGACGACGAGUUGGAUUGAAAGGAAGUUGCUUCCAUUAAUCAAAUGUACAUAAGGAUAAUAAAAAAGUCAAUGUAGCAAAUAUUUACUUUGCGCUAAGAGACUUAGCAAUGUAUUUAAAUUUUUGAGCAGCACGUUUACGAUACAGAAAGUAUAACCACGUUUGGCACAAGCAAUUUAAAGUUAUCUUUAGGAAGUUUUAGGCGUUUUUAUUACCUUUUUAUUUUUUUUAUAUUUCGCUCGUUUAUAGAAAUGUAGGUAUUCGGUGUACUGAGGUGUUUCAGACGCAAGCAGAGGAUAUACAAAUACUUUAAAUAUUAAUUGCAAAACAAUAAAACUAAACUGAAGUAGUGAAAUUAGUGACGUAUACAACCAACAUGCAAUAUGCAUUCGCAACCGCAACAGCAGCAAAAAGCAGAACAACAAGUAACCUUAUAAAUUAAAGAAUUUUCCACCUCAGCGAAAUAAACAACAAUUUUAUAAAUUAUAUUAUAUUAUAGCAGGCAUAUACAAAAUAUAUACAUAUAUAUAUUAUAUACGAGUAGCAGUGUGGGAGCUAAAAAUAUCAGGAAACCAAUUAGGUCGUAAACAAAGAAAUAAAUGAUUUACAAGCAUUUAAUAAUCCAGCAGAAACCACAAAUAUUUAGCAAAACAUAAAGAAAUAUAAAACUUAUAUGACAGUACUUAUAGCGAAUAAAGGGAAUUUCAAAUGUGCUAUUAGCGUAGUGUAAUAUAUGAAUAAUAAAAGAGUAAAUAAAGUAAUACCUACAUACAGUUAAGAAACAAGUGUGUACAUCAAGGCGCAAAAUGAUUUUUAUACGUAAAUUAUUAUACUGAUCCCAAGCUAAAUCGGCAUUGACUUUGGCAUUCAGAACAAAAGUUGUUGAAAAUAAAAUAUAUUAUUUGCCGCUAUUGAAAGCAAAUAACAUGUAAAAUGCAUAUAAAAUACUAUAUUCUUAAAUAGUUAAAUUUACAUGUAAAAUGUAUAAAACGGCAAAGGAAGAACGUAACAGUAAGAUGUUUGGAUGGAGGAGAACAGAGGAAACAUUAAGUGAGCACACACGCAUAUUACAAUUAAAGGUAUUAUUAUGUAUAUUUAACAAAUAUUAAUUUAAUAAUAAUUGCAUAUUAUUAUUUUAAACCUAAACGAUUAAUAAAAAAUAUUAACAUAUAAUUAACGAAUAUCCCAGUGUAUGAUAUGUGGGUCGGCUAGUGGUCCUGAUCAGAAGGCUGAUUAAUACUUGUUUUUCACUCUAUGAAAAACGGGAUACAAAUCAUUUUCAAAACACUAAUCGGUUGACGACACCUCAUUUGUAUAUUCCAAGUAAAAAUCGGCACAUUUUACUAUUCUUUGUUUCCAAUCAUAAGACAAGUUGGACAAGUAUUAUAAUUUGUUAAAUGUUUGUUCAUUUUUCUUUUACUCCUUGUACAUGUCGUCCUGGUAUCUUAUAGAUUUUAGAUACAACAAAGAAGGAAGCUGGAUACUUUUUGAACAAGAAUCCCAAUCUGUUUUUAAAGAGAAAAAAUAAGAAACAACACGACCAUUUUUCCAAACCAAUAAAUGCUCUUCGUUUUCGUUUCUGUUAUCUGUAUUUUAUAUCAUUCAAAUAUCUUAUAAAAAAGUAGUUUUGGUUCGUUUAACUUGAAUGCAUUGUUUCUGUAUAAUUGCAUAUAUCUCAUCUAAAGUGUUCCCGGUGACAAUAUGUUUUAUUUAUUUACCUUAGGGCUAUUGCUAUUGUUACUCGUAUAUUGUUGGUUGUUGUUGUGUCAAAGCGGUAUGCGGGGUAGGUGGUGAAGCUUAAAAAUAAAUAAUCGUUAAAAGUUUUGCUCUUGCUUUUAGAAUUCAGCUGGCAAUGUUUAUUUUAGACUGGGUGCUUUUCUGGUUAUUGCGUUAUGUUACUUUUGACUAUAAAUAUGCAUUAAUGGUUUAAUCUGAGGUUUUAAAGAAUUCAUUUGAUUCCCUCCUUGCGUUUUGUAAAUAAGUGUAUAUUUAAUUAUACUCGUUUAACGUUCUAAUAAUCUAUUUAAGUGUGUAUACGUAGCUAAAUUUUUGUUUUUAAUGCAUUUUUGUAUGGUUGUAUCUAUAUUUUUAUUGUGGUAUAUAAUUGUUUUACAAUAAAGCCUGAGGCACAUUUAUGAUUUAUUUUUCUUUACAUUUUUAAAAACAUCUGGUCACAGAAGCGGAAUCAUGUUUUAAAACAAAAAUUGGUUCGUGGUAAUAUUUUACUUUGUUUUACAAACAAACUAACAUUCAUUUGCAAUGUGAAUUACGAAAAGAAGAUUUAAAGCUAGACUUUGUUCAAAGCGCCAAAAAGGAAAAUAAAGACUUUAGUAAACUGGGCACAUUUUAACUAAAAAUUCAAGCAUAAGAACGACUCGAAUUACAGAUGUGCGAAAUUCAUUUACAGUACAACUAAAGUACUACGCGCAGAUCGGACCGACCAACGCGAAUUAAACAAAUACAGUAAACAGUUAUAACAAACAAACACUUACAACUAAUAGAAGAAUUAAACGCUUUCAAGAUAGACAGAUACAGAUAUAGUGUAACAAAUAGAAUAUGUAGAUCGGUGUUGAAUAAACAAAAAAAAAAUUAAAGGACUACGCCUAGGAGCCCAAAAAGUCGAUGAACAAUUGACAAAGCUCGUUUUUCUCGAUACCUUACAACACCAUACAAACACACAUUUAAAUUUGACAAUUUUGAACUGAGAUUGGUUCCCUGCGACCCACUUUAAAAUCCGUGUGGAAAUCUCUCUAGAAAUAUAUAGAUAUAUAUAUAUACUUAUAUAUGUACAACCGAGGAUCGCAGGAAGACAAACUCGUCGAGCGCCGAGGCGUGGUUCUAUAGUUCUAGAUGUACAUUCGUUUACAGUUACAUUUUGUAAAUUUGUUUCGUUUUUAAAACCGCUGCACACGUUUCCUUCAUUCAGACUUUAAGUUCGUUUCAUUUGUAAUGUUGUUCAACAAUAAAAUUAUGCACUACAUACAGCAAGGGCAACGGACUAGCUGCCCCACCAUCGUCAUCUGUGUGUUAAUGUUAUUGUUUAGUAAUUAUAACAAUAUGCCAAUUGCAUACAUACAACAAGGCCUGAGGGUAACGUUAGAUUAAAGAAGUCGGCUCAAGCUGACACCUCUUAUGAUGUUGGACACACUUUUGAAACCAAUAUGAGGCACAGUUAAGCUGUUGAUUAUAUGUAUACGGGGGAAGCUAUGAUUUUGUUGGGUUUUUCUUAGCUAGCGAGUGGCAUGAAGAGAAAGCUCAUGAGUGGGGACAUAGAGACUUAUAAACCAGUUUCUGAAUUAUAUCAAGUUACGGUUCAUACUAGGCAAAACAGAAAUUUCAUAUACUUGGAAGAGGAACCAUAAAAGACAAC